GUAAUUUUCAGUUAGUAAACAGUUUUAAAAAAACAAAUGUGGAAAUGGUAUGGAUUUAGACAGGUUUUUGGCUUUGGAAAAACGGCGUUUGGCCGAAGAACGUCAAAGUUUAUAUGAACGUUCCCAAGAACUAAAUUCCUCCACUUCAGAAAUAAACACAACUCCUUCCAUGAUAAAAGCACACGAAAAAAGUAAUCAUCAUCCUAAGCCACAUGGUGAAGCCACCAUUUUAAAUAAGAAAACAAAAGACUGGAUUAAUAAACAACACAAUAAUAAUAAAAGUACUGAAGAAGAAGAUGUGGCCACAAGUAGUAAUAGGCGUAAAAACAAAAAUCAAGAUGAUAUGGAGCAAUGGGUAUCGGAUACAUUUUAUUCAUAUUUUCCUGGUUUUAGCAAUGAGUAUCAAAAACGCCAGAAUGAAUUGCAGAAAAGACAACGUGAAAAUCAAGAAAAUUUAAUUAAACAUCAGAUGUUAAAUACCGGCCAUAGCAGAAAAAAGAAACAUCUACAUAUGGAGACUUCCAAUAUUAAUAGUGCCCGUUCAAAUAACUCUUCGGUAACAUCAAAUGGUGCCAAUGGUUCUUUGCAUGGUGCCGCUAAGACUGACAUGGAAAUUAUAAAUGUUAAUAAUCCAAAUUAUGUGCCUUCAAAGCAUUCAAGUAACUCGUUGCGUCCAGAUUCGGCACGUUAUAGAAUGUUGCAGGAUUUACGUCAUACAAAUUUAACGAACUUGGUAAAUGGCUCUGAAGAUGCAAUGGAAAUAAAUCGCAAACAAGCUGAGAUUGAUUCUGCUCGCAAAAAGGAAUAUCAACGGGAACUUAUGCAACAAAUAGAAGACAAACGCCGUACCAUUAAACUAUUAAGGGACAAAGAACAUGAACAAGAACAAGUUUUAACAAGACGUUUACAGGAACAGCUUAGAACCAUGAAACUGGAAGAACAAUUGGAAAAGGAAAGACUUAAAGCAGUAAAGGUUCGUUUUGAUGCCGAACAAAAUCGCUUGAGCCGUGAACACCUUCUUGCUAAGUUGGAAAACGAUUCUCAGCUUCUAUUGAAUGCCGAUCUUAAUGCUAUUAACAAUAAAAAUCCAGCAAUCAGUAAUGAAACCAAUAAAGAAAACAUUUACAAUCGACAGGACAAUAAAGUCUAUAAAUAUUUUAGCAAUUCAGAGAAACAUGAUUACAGCUACCGCAAUAAAUCAUCAUCGCUGCCAACAGAAAUUGAAUUGGAAUUAGAUCAAACGGAAAUGGCGAAAAUUGAACGAGAAUGUUUUCAUUUAAGUGAAAAGAUAUGCCCAAUGUGUGACGAACCCUUAAAGGAACUGGAAAACUUUUGUCUGCGUUGUCAAAGUAAAAUAUCGUUUCGCAUAAAGUCCCCAUCGACGGGAAAAAAUACAACAAAACAUUUUACAAACAAACAUACCAAGUCUAACGAAGAUGACACAGACAAAAACUCUGAGCAACAUGAAACUGAAACAGAUCGUAGUUUCUUCCUAGUUUGCAUAAGAUGUGAACGUUUGUAUUCGUGGUGUAAAACCUGUACAAAUAAAAGUGAUGUGUGUAAAGCUUGCCAGAAUAGAAGAAAUCUUUGCAUGAGCUGCCGAAAAACCUUGUGUUCUUUCUGUUUAGAGGAAGUAGCUUGUGGCAAAGAUGCAGAAACUUUACAUAUUAAUGAUAGUGUUGGUGUUGUGAAAAACGAAACAACUAAAAAUAAUGAGACUGUCAAGGCAAUGUCAUUUCGCUUCAUGGACGAUAACAGAGAAUCCGGUCGAAAUGACAAUAAAAGUUCUAAUAUAUCAUCCUUAUCUCCUAUAUAUUCAUCAUUAAAUAACUUAGAUUAUAUAAAUCAUCCUCCGUAUUCCAUCAAUAUUGCAACAAAUUCAGUUUUCCAUCCAGACAAUAAACCAUUUUCAUUAUUUUCUACAAAUGAAGAUAAAAGUUCUAAAACUCUCCAAAAUGAUGGUGAAAAUAAUUUAAGUUUUUAUGAUAAUGAGCAUAUUUUGAGCACAUCGAAUAGUGAUGAGAAAAAUAUUGAAAGACUUCGCCGCGAUACUGAUAAGAGGCUCUCUCGUUAUUUAAAGAAUUACGGUGAGUUGGCUUAUCAAACGCGUGGCACUCAAACUACUCCUACUAGCACUGGUCGUAGGGAUGUCGUCAUACAGGGUGAACAUAGCCUAUCCAUACCACUUUUGCGUGAAAUGCCAAAAAUGACACGUAUGGAAGCGGUUAAAUUUAAAGGGAACUCGAAGGAACUGGAAGACCUGCAACGAAGAUGGGAUAUUCCGGCUGUUCAGAAGUACACAAUAUCCCCGGCAUCGCCCAAAAUUGUUACACAGGUUGGUGCGAUAAGGAAACAACUACAAAUUGAGAGAAUUUUUUCGGAUGAUGCUGAUUCUUAAUAAUUAAAAUAGCGCAAAAUAACAUUUUACUACUACAUUUUAAAUUUUUACUAAUAUUAUUCCAUAAUAAAAUUAUUGGUUAAUUUUUAUAUCGAAAUUAAA